AUGACCAACUUUGGUUUGAUUCGCGGGAUGCGUGGUGCUAUGCGUGGGCGAGGGCGAGGGCGAGCUGCACGGGGUAGCGCGGCUGGAGCAGGCCAGAUACGAAACAAUGUCUCUGCAUCGUUUGGCAAAACCCUUCAGUUCAUCACUGAAAUCAAGCUGGCCGAACUUGAAAAGCAGCGACUUGCCUAUAUGGAACACUCUGCCGUCCUCCAAAAAGCUGCCGCUUUGACGAAUGACCUCCCCGGCCGUGUCGAGCUUCUCCUCAACGCCGUCCGUUCUUGGCGUGGCUCGGGUGCUGUCAACUAUCACACCAUCCUCGCUGGCAAGCUCGACCUAGCCAGUAUCGACCUAUGGCUGCUCCAAGCCCGCAAAGACCCUGGCUUCAGCCCUGAAGUCGUUAGAGACUGGGCUGACACGUUGGAGGCGCAUAUCCGCCAUUCAAUCACUCGUUUCGAGUUCGCGAAGCUGUUUGGCGGUCUCUUCAAUGAAUGGCUGGCCAGCGGCGAUUCUGUGACCGCCAAAAGUUCGUCGCUUGAUGCAUCACCGGCGACAGAUACGACUGCCGAAGCGUUUGUCGAGGUGGGGCGCAAAGAGAUGUACGAACAACAAGAGCGGUUCAAGUCUCUCAUCUUCCAGACCAAAAACAUCGACACUGCUGCUUUGACCGACUACCUUUCCGCCCUCUUUGUUGGCCCUUCCAUUGAAAUCCUUGACAAGAUGAGGGAAGGAAUGUUAGAGUUUGCGCAGGAACUCGAGAAAAAGACAAUCACGGCCGACGAUAUGACUUGGAUUAUCAAGUCUCUUCUUGCUUCAGAUCAGAUGGCUGAGUCAAAGCGUCAGACAAUCCGCGAGUUUGCACAAAACCCUACGGUUCUAUCCGAAAUCGCGACCGUUAUGAACAUGCGCCUUGCCAAUUUGGAGGCUUGGACGUGGCCCACUCAAGGGGCUCAAGUUGACAUGCGCCGACAUCUCAAUGGAAAAUAUCGCUUCUUCACCGACCCUGAUGUUCUUGAUGCGCUCUUCCUUCAUUACAUCGGUAUUAUGUGGCAAGUCAAAUUCAAGCAGGAUGCCACAGAGUUGUUUUCCUCGAAAGCAUGGAAGCAGGAAUUCCAGCCAUUUACUCAUGCCCAAACUCAGUCCCGCUCGAGCUUUUUCGGUGAACAUGCCAAUAAUGCAUCUAUCCAUUCCCAUCGUCAAACUCUACGCAAAGAUCACUUCCUCCUCGGUCAAUUGGCUUCCUCAGUCGAAUCGACGCCUGUCUACGAUGAGGAUGGCAUUGCAGACCAAACUCAAAUUCCUGCAUCUCAUGUCAAGCAGGAGCUUCUUCAUCUUGUGGCUACGGAGUCGUAUCUCAACCGCACUCUCCAUGAUACUUUCACUGUUGUGGCGACAGACUUUGAGUGGUUUGGGCCAUCGCUCUCCUUUGACACGAUAUCGACAUGUCUUGCCUUCUUUGGAGUCCCAGACAAGUGGCUUCAGUUCUUCCGGAGAUUCCUGGAGAUGCCUCUAUACUUCAAAGAGGACAAACCUGGUGAAGGAACGCGUAUCCGUCAAUGUGGCACCCCCCUUUCAUACUCAUUGAGUGCAUUCUUCGGCGAGGUUGUACUCUUUGGGCUCGAUUAUGCUGUUAAUCAACGGGCUGGUGGUUUGUUUUUGCAUCGCAUCCACGAUGACGUCUGGCUUUGGAACGCUGACUCAAAUAAAUGCGUGCAAGCCUGGGCAGAAAUCCAGAACUAUUCGUCGUUGGCCGGUUUGACGAUCAACCAAAAAAAGACGGGAGCCGUCUGUGUUGGUGCCUCUGUUGCGCCAGAGCUUCCAGUUGGCGACAUUCGCUGGGGUUUCCUCAAGUUCAAUGCGGAGCAAGGUCGAUUCAUAAUUGACCAAGCCGAGGUUGAUGUCCACAUCGUCGAACUCCGUCGCCAGCUGGCUGCAACCAAGUCUGCAUUUGGGUGGAUCAACUGUUGGAACCGGUAUGCCGCCUUCCUCAGCAGGAACUUUGGUGCGCGACCAACCAAGUCGUUUGGGCCCGCGCUUUGUCUUGGUCAGGCUCAUCUCGACGACAUGAUCGACACGUUGGCUCGCAUCCAGCGCGAGCUCUUCCACUCCGAGUCUGGUUUCGGUGCAGUCAACCAUCUUCGCGCGGUCAUCGAACAGCGUUUUGGCGUCACCGAUCUGCCCGACGGGUACUUCUACUUCCCAAUCUCCAGUGGCGGCCUCGAGUUGCGCAAUCCGCUCAUUGAACUUCUCGCGGUCCGCGAUGCCUUUAUUCAGGACCCAGCGGGCCAAUUCCUCGCGCAGAUGAAGGCCGACCAGGAGGCGUAUGACACCCUCCAGGAGAGUUGGGCGGAGAAGCCAACUUACUCCUCCUACCCGAUUGGCAAAGCGUUCCCGCCCUUUGCUGAGUAUGCGUCCUACCGCGAGACCGGGCUGCGGUCCUGGCAAGUGCGCUAUCAGUCGCUGAUGAAUACCGCACACCCCACUCAACUCACUAUACCCAACGGCCUCCAAACACCCAGGGCCAAUCAGAUGGACUUUUAUGACCGCUGGGUGCUUGCCAUGUAUGGCGACCAAAUCCUCAAAAAGUUCGGCUCUCUCGAGCCCGUUGAUGCCGACCUGAUCCCAGUCGGGCUAGUCCAUCUCUUCUCAGGCAGUAGACAUCAGUGGGAUCAGUAG